AUGGCGGCGGCGAGCGGCGGCGCCGGGGCCGCGUGCGCGGCGUGCAAGUACCAGCGGCGCCGCUGCACGCCGGACUGCCCGCUGGCGGAGUACUUCCCGCACGACCGGCCCCGCGUCUUCCGCAACGCGCACCGCCUCUUCGGCGUCAGCAAUAUCCUCAAGACGCUCGACCGCGCCGGCCCCGAGAAGCGCCGCGAGGCCAUGCACUGCAUCAUCUACGAGUCCCAGGCCUGGGACAUGUACCCGGCCAGCGGCUGCGUCCCCAUCAUCCACGACCUGCAGAAACGGAUACGCCAGGCGGAGUUCGAACUCCGCCGCGUCUACGCGGGCAUCCAGGCCUAUCGCGCCGCCGCCGCCGCCGCCCAGGGAGGAGGGCCCGUUCCCGGCUCCGACGGCGACCCCUCGGCCUUGGCCUCCGCACCGCCGCCGUUCCAGUUCCAGCCCGCGACGGGCGACGAUGACGGCGGCUUGUUGCCAUUCACAAUGUACGGUGGUGAUCAGCAGCAGAUGAUGAUGAACGCUGCUGCUUCCGACGACGAGAACAUUGCUCUGCAGAUGCCGCCGUGGAUGAUGCAGCCACCGCAGUACGACAUGACGAGCGCUCCGGCUGUAGCCGACAUGGCCGGCAAGGUCGUCCCGCAGCAAGACCACCGGUUCUUGGUCGGCGCGACGAUGGUACCCCAAUCAGAGCACCAACAACAGCACAUCCCCAUCCAGCCGGCAGAGCUGGACGACGAGAUGAGCUUCUUCGCCGACGACGGCGUGGACGGUGACACCGAGAUGCCUCAUGAAUCUAGCAUGGGUUCUUCAGAGAAGAAGGCGAUGAGAGCACCCAAGAUGGAGGGCGCCAAUGGUUUCUAG